GGACUAUCUAUUGGCGGGUAAAUCAAAUCGAGAAAAGGACUAUACCUUAACCGAUCCGGUUCACAUCCGGUUCAAAAUCAAAUUUUCAAUAUUUAAACCGCGCGUCUUAUCUCUUCCCCAUCAUCAUCAUCUUCUUCCUCUGCAACACUCUGUUCUCACCACACACAACAACACAAUGCUUUCCCUCACAGCAACCACUCUCAAACCCUCAAUCCUCACCAAACCCAAACCCAACCACCCCUCCCCCCACCCAACAACCCGACCCACCACCAUAAAAUCCAACCUAAUCCCCGCAUCAAACCGCCACGCCCCACCAAAACAAAACCUUUACCAACCCUUCCGCCCUCCCCCCUCCCCAAUCCCCCCAAAGUUCCGAUCUUUAGACCCCGCCGGCAAAAUCCAAGUCCUCGCCGACCGCCUGGGCCUCUGGUUCGAAUACGCCCCUCUCAUCUCCUCCCUCUACACCCAAGGCUUCACCCCUCCCACCAUCGAGGAACUCACCGGCAUCUCCGGCGUCGAGCAGAACUGCCUCAUCGUCGGCGCCCAAGUCCGCGACUCCAUCGCCCAAUCAAACCCUCCCAAACCAGACCUCAUCGCCGCCUUCGACACCGGAGGCGCUGAGCUUCUCUACGAGAUUCGUCUCCUCAGCACGGUUCAGCGUGUGGCCGCCGCUGAGUAUAUUGUUGAUCACGGGUUUGAUACCAAAGGAGCUCAGGAUUUGGCUAGAGCGAUUAAGGACUAUCCGCAUCGUCGUGGGGACGUUGGUUGGGAGGAGUUUGAUUAUAAUUUGCCUGGGGAUUGUUUGUCUUUCAUGUUGUAUAGGAAGAGUAGAGAGCAUAAGAGUAGUUCAGAGCUAAGGAAUAGUUUACUUGAGAAGGCGCUUGAGGUCGCUGUGACGGAGAAGGCUAAGAGAGCUGUGUCUAGGGAGUUAAACGGGGAGAGUAAUGAGGAAGAGAGGGGUGAGGUUAAUAAGAUUAUUCGUGUUCCUGUGGUGAGGUUGAAGUUUGGAGAAGUGGCGGGAGCGAGUUCGGUUGUUGUUGUACCGGUUUGUAGAGGUGAGGAAGGAGUGGAGAGGGUUAAGGAAGCUCCGAUGGAGUUUGAAGGAGGUGGGGAGUUUGGUGUUGUGGAGGCUGAGAAGGAGUGGAGUAGGUGGGUGGUUUUACCGGGGUGGGAUCCGGUUGUGGCGGUUAGGAGAGGUGGGGUUGCGGUAUCGUUUGGGGAUGAUAGGGAGGUGUUGCCGUGGAAUGGGAAAGGAGAGGGGAUAAUGGUUGUGAUGGAUAGGGAGAAGAGGAAGGUGGAAGAUGAUGAUGGGUAUUAUUUGGUGGUGAGUGAGAGUGGGAUGAAGUUGGAGAGAGGUUUGGUGUUGAAGGAGAGAGGAGUGGAGGAGUGUUUAGGGUUGGUUGUUUUGGUUGUGAGGCCACCUAGAGAUGAUGAUGAUGAUUGGCAGAUAAAUGAUGAAGAUUGGGACUAGAGGAAGAAGAGUAAUACUUAGUGUUACCAAGUACAUUGCAGCUUCUGAUAGAAAAACAUAUCUGCCCUGGUGGAAACAUUCUUCUUGCUUGAGUAGCAGUCAGAUACAAGUAUUAGCAGCAAAUACUGUUCAGGUGUAUGUUAAGCGGUUCUUCACGGUCAACACCCGGAGAGAAAGCCUGCACAGGAUUCCUGAAUGAUCUAUUGAUCAGACAUUGUUAUUCUUUCUCACAAUUUGGUGAUUUUUUGUUUCCUUGCCUUUGUUGACUUUAAUUUUUCACUGAUUUAAAAACAAUUAAAAAUAUUUAUAUAGAACCGUUGAAGGGA